UUCCGUCAUUGCGUACGUGUAGAUCAGAUCUGUGUAUAUGGGGAUAUUGUGGUGGUGAUGAUGAAGAGUUCGGUACAUGACUUUGUGUAAAGUAUUUUCGGUAAAUUGUUGAUUAAUCGCAAAAGCUAAGUCGUUUUGGAGUUGUGAGGUUUUCCGGGCGCUUGUGAAUGUCUCCACAAGGCUGGAGGUUGAACUAGUUGUUGCUAACUGACGUCCAGGACAAGUGGCUGUAUGAUGCCUCAGGACAACAUGAGCUGUCUGAUCCAGAGACUUGCCCGACAGGCACUUGCGACCUUCCGCUACCAGGCCAGUGAGGAAAGCAAAGCGUUUGUGGAGAAUCAGAGCAAGCUGAGGAGCCUGCUGGGGGAGGUCAGGGCUGCGGAUCUGAAGAUUGUUCCGCGGUGUGUGGAGGGCAGCUGUGCGCCCCAGCAGCUCCUCGGUCCUCCGGUCACCUACAUGCAUAUCUGCGAGACGGACUUAUUCAGCAUGGGGGUGUUUCUGUUAAAGCACGGCGCUUCUAUCCCGCUCCACGACCACCCAAACAUGCACGGCAUGCUAAAAGUGCUUUACGGCAAGGUCAGGGUUAGUUGUUACGACAGGUUGGAUAUCUCACCCGACAGCGCCAGUGCGAGGCAGUUUAACCCCCCGCUGCUCCCCUUCCAAAAGAGCGCCGUGCAGCGCUCUGUAGGCGAGUUCACCGAGCACAGCGCCCCGUGUGUCUUAUCCCCGCACAGGGACAACCUGCAUCAGAUCGAGGCCGUGGACGGACCCACCGCCUUCCUUGACAUUUUAGCACCGCCUUACGACCCAGACGACGGCAGGGACUGCCACUAUUAUAAAGUUUUGCAGCAGGUUCCCGAGGGUGCAGAUAAAAAGGCAGGGGGCCUGGAGCAGACAGAGUUCUGGCUCAUGGAAAUCCCUCAGCCGAGUGAUUUCUGGUGUGGUGCUGAACCUUACCCCGGCCCAAAGGUUUCUCUCUGAAAGCCUGAAUUUCACGCUGUAUUGUGACAGUAAGCUGGACUGUUGACUUCGCAAACAAAGUUUCGACCUCUCAUGGACCUCGUUGCUGUGUCUGACUAUUUCACUUGUGAUCUGGCCUGCCUGAUUGCUAAUGUGCAUGAAGAUUGACAGUUUCAAAGCAGAACUCUCUUGUUUGCUCCGAGUUUCUUGUUUCAAUAUUUACAUAUUCAACAAAUCAUAGAACUAGGCCAGUUUCUUGCAGGCCUACAGUACAUGGAGUGUGUGUGUGCUGGAACAGGCAUUUAAAUAUAAUCAGUAAUGAAUUAAACAUUCCACACCCAUGUCUGGUUUUGAUUAACUGGGCCCUGACUUUAUCAUUAUUAUUAUUACCUCCGCCAAGGUUAUGUUUUCGGUAGUGUUCGUUUGUUUGUCUGUUAGCAACAUUACGGAAAAAGUUAUGAACGGAUUGCUCUGAAUUUUUUUUCCAGAGGUGUGACUGGGCAUAAGUAACAAUCCAUUAAGUUUUGGCGGUGAUCCGGAUCACCGUCUGGAUCCCGGAAUUUUUUAAAGGAUUCUUGGCGGAGGUCUGCGCUCUCCGAGUGCUUUUCUUGUUGUUGUUUGGUAACUUUCAUUUCAGUAUGUCAUACACACUGUAUAUGUUAUAUUGAAACAAAACUACUGAAGUAAAUGAGUAAUUUUAUAUCUAGCAUGUAACUUAAGAGUUGCAGUUCAGCUGUCAUUUCAGUUUCACUCUGGACUUUGUGCCCAAAUCAAAUGAGACUCUUUACAGCAGUGGUUCUCACCCAAAAUAUGGACAUGAGGUGGGUCAUUUGGCAUGUCCUCAGUCAAAAUGUCAAACGUUUUUGCACAGCUUUUGACCAUGCAUUUUUAUUUUGAAAGACAUCUGGUGUUUUCCACCUGCAGGUAUAAUGGACUGCUUACAACUAGUUUGUGUCUGUAAACUGAUAGUAAACAAUGACAGGAAAUGCCGAUAGUCAAAUUGACCUUGCGUACGUACAGAGGUACAUUGGUGGAUUUUCUUUCUUCUUUUUUUUCUUUCUUUCAGCUUUUGGGUCAUGACCUAAAGGUAAAUGUUAACACUCUGAAGCAAGGGGCAUUCAAGAACCACUGCUAAAGAGUCCUUUACAUAAAUUAAUGAGAUGAGUUUUUUUUUUUUUUCACUUGCACAGUUAAUUGCAUGACUGAAGCUUAUAUUUUGUAAAUUAUUCAGUUUAGUGUUGUGUUGAGGAAUCUUAAUAAUUUAGACUAAUUCCAAACAAUACAUUUCUGAUUUAUUUAAAGUUAUGUUUGGCUUAAUCUAGAUCUCUCUCUCCCAUGUAGUUGUUGUCAUGUGAAGUAUCAGGAUUACAUCCAGAUUAUGCAUAUAAAAAUGAAGUUGUAAAAGAUACUGUACUGUACAUUUUAAACACUUUUAAUCUGGUCAUCUAAACCACUGAUGGUGGCCACGUUAUGCAUGUAUAAAUGACUCUGAUGCACUUCACCUGAAUGUGAAUGUUGAUGCCAUCAAACCUAGUAAGAUUUACAAGGUUAUUAAAAAUCCUGAUGUGGCAACCUUCAAAUAAAGCUAACUAAAAGUGAGGAACAACAA